AGAGUUUGUAGCUGAACUGGAACAAAAGGAAACAGAGAGCUUAGCUUCAGAGAGGAAGAGAGAGGUUGAAGAUGACGAGCGGAGGAUACGGGGACUCGUCGGCGAAGAUAGACUACGUGUUUAAGGUGGUGUUGAUCGGCGAUUCGGCGGUGGGGAAGUCGCAGAUACUGGCUCGGUACGCGAGGGACGAGUUCAGCUUGGAUUCGAAGGCCACAAUCGGCGUCGAGUUCCAGACUCGGACGCUUGUUAUCGACCACAAGAGCGUCAAGGCUCAGAUCUGGGACACCGCUGGCCAAGAACGAUACAGAGCGGUGACAAGUGCAUAUUACCGGGGAGCUGUCGGGGCAAUGCUAGUUUACGACAUAACUAGACGCCAAACCUUUGACCACAUCCCCAGAUGGCUAGAAGAGCUGCGUGCUCACGCCGACAAGAACAUCGUGAUAAUCCUUAUCGGGAACAAAUCCGAUCUCGAAGAUCAACGGGCCGUUUCGACGGAAGAUGCCAAGGAAUUCGCAGAGAAGGAAGGUCUUUUCUUCUUGGAGACAUCAGCCCUAAACGCAACAAACGUCGAAUCUGCCUUCUUAACUGUUUUGACAGAAAUCUUUAACAUAGUGAACAAGAAGAGCCUUGCCGCUGCAGAAGAUGAAGGGAACAGCAAUCCUGGUUCGCUUGCUGGUAGGAAGAUCAACAUCGUUCCGGGACCGGCACAGGAGAUACCACCCAAGAGCAGCAUGUGUUGUAAGUCUUAAACCUAUCGAAUUCUUGAUAUUAUUCACAGAUUUACAGUCUUAAAUGGCAAGAUUUUGGUGGGUAUUGUUUGUUCCAUGAGCAUAUAUAUGGUUGGUCGGGUCUUUUGCUAUCUUUGCUGUAUCAAUUUUUCUGUCAAGACACUAUUUGUUCGUGUUCAUCUUUUCUCCUGUCGGAAGUAAUAUCUA